AUGCGGACGUGGACACUGAACACCACAGAAGGCAUUAGCAAUUUCAACAAAUCACGUGCGCCGCUUGUUGCCACUGAAGUUGAUCGGUUCUUUGGGAAUUCCAUAUUGACCUUCCUUAACAACCCGGAGAUCGCAGUCGACAUAACGCCUGACGAUUUGAAAGGAAUGUCUUGCGCCAACCAGAUCUCUGUUCGCGGUAAGACGCCUUCAUGUCAGCGAAGCGUCUUCAUGCCUGGUAGUAUCCCGACUGUGCUGGUGACUGAGGAAGGGUACGAGGACGCUGAGAUCGCAUUCGCGUACAACGUCAAAGGAUACAACCUCACGUUUGGUCCUGGUGACGACGGGCAUAAUUGGACCUUCGAUGAGCGGCAGGACUGUCAGACGAUAGGCUUGGCCUUCGGCGCGGUCCGUUUCUGUCUGAACAAUGCGGAAUCCAAUGUCCUACGAGCACGUAUGAUCAGAUGUCCGUCGUCGCUAGCCUACACAUCCCAGCGUUGCCUCACGGAUACGAGCUGGCAUCGCAACACGACCGCUUCCGUGACCACCAUGCUGACCACCACAUAUCAGUGGGCCGAUAUUGCCUUCUACCGCUCAAACCAGUCAAUAGCGAGCUUCGAGAUCUUACAGACUCCAGAGACCAAGGCCAACAUAAACUCAACCGAGCUCAUGUCCGCGUUUCACGAGUUCACCCUCGGCUCAGGAAGUAUGCAACAAGCGAUGCUCGACUGGGUGACCACGACGAACACUACCUCUGAUACGGCUGGUGGGGGGGACGAAAGCGAUCUGCUCCACGAGUACGAAGACCUGAUCGACAGUCUUCUUGGGGCAAGGGAGCUCUCCAUCACCAAAAGCCGAGAGAAUCGCCGGGCUGAGAGCGAUGACGUCUCUGGCCUGGCUUCCAGCUUUGGGGACCUGACCUCCCUCUUCACCGGUGGUGGGUCAGUGCCUGGGAGCAACCCUAUAUUUCCCAUACUUCCCUUUACGUACCUCGAGUCUUGCUCAGCCCUCGGCGCAAAGAACUCACGAGCGACGACAACAUGCACCGAUUUCAUCCAAAACUUCCUGGCCGUGCCACUCCUCUAUUGCGACUCGCUGCUAGCGCUUCGCAUGAGCUCAGGCCUGGACGUGCUAAGUCCCAUAAGUGACAGUGACGAGGCUAGCGCCGCGCUGGUGGAGUCAUUCAUGGAGUACCUGGGUAUUGCUGAUGCAAGUAAGCAACGCCUUAUGCAAGGGACGCCAGGCACUCAAGUUGCGCUUUCAAGGCUACGGCAUGAGAUCGUUGUCGGCAGGGCUUCGCUUAUCGCGUACGCUGUCGGCACCGGACUCGUUCUUAUGUUUUGUUUCGCAGCUAUCGGCGCUGCAACAACCAACAUCAGCAGUCCCGGAUACUGGCCGCUUUUGGAUUUCAUACUCAAAUUCAAGGUGCUAUAUGAUGGGGAGGUAUUGUCAUGUGCUGACAAGGAAGCGAUACAAGCCCAGCAAUGUGGCAAAAGGUCAACAGUAAGCCGCAUGUUGGUGCAGACAGCAUAA